AUGACUGACAGAACAAGAAGUAUAUUUGAAAUUUGUUUGACUCUAAAAGCCGUAUCGAGAGUCCUCGCUGCCCAGCAAUCCUGCACAUGUUCAUUCCUCCAGCCGUCUGGCCUGCGAGUCAACUGCAGCUCUCUAAACCUCAUGGAGCUGCCGUAUCUGCCCACAGACACCACAAAGCUACAUGUGCAGAACAACUGGCUCACCUCUGUGUCUCCAGGCCGGUUUGACAGACUGGUAGGUCUAAAGAAGGCCUCACUAUCUGGGAACCCCUUCCACUGUGACUGCAGGAUAGAAUACCUGAGGAACUGGUUAAUAAAGAACAAAGCUAUCAUCUCCAAAGAGCCCACAUGUGCCAGUCCGAGCUCUGUGGCUCAGAAAGCUAUCUCUGAACUCAGUGAUGAAUACUUUUCCUCCUGUGGCCCGGCAAGCUGUACUAAUGGAACUUACAAUGCCGUGAUGGGAGUGAUGCUAUGCUGUGUCAUAGUUCUUCUUCUGUGGUGUUUGAGACUUGCUAAAGCAUCCGCCUUUACUUUGUUCAUUGAUGAGAGACAUUCAGGGUUUGAGGCCGAUUCCCUGCGCUCUAUGAAGCCCAAGCACAGGAGGAGGCUGCACACUGACUCUCUAAAUUAUGUGAUGGAUCUGGAAAAACCACCUCUGAACAUGGAGUUACUGCCUCAAGUACUGGACAUGUUGCACAAGAAGCACAAUAUAAAGAUAAAGGCUACCUGAUGGACUUCGUUUUCUACUGCGGUGGGAUCCAAAACACUACAGGUGGCAAUUUCUCUUUUAUCUUAUGAAUUAAAGUUGUUUCAAAAAUACAGCUACCACCAAUAUACCUCCUGAUACUUCUUCUUCUUCUU